AUGGUGAUCGCCAACUUCCUUGAGUUGGCCACCUGUGCCUCUCAACAGCUGUCCUUGACCAUCAAGUUGCUCUCUGCAGCAAUUGUGGUGCUCUAUGAACUGCUGAACCUAUUCCCCACUUGUGAUCUGCUCAUCUGUUGCCUACGCCAAGCCCUUGUCCGUGACAGGACAAAAUGGCUGGUCAACCAUGGGAGGACCUUCGACCUGUCCUCUCUGGCAGCCCUCUUCCGCGACUGGGGACCUUGGACCACGCCAAGCAAGACGAGAGCAAAGCUCAUUGCCCUGCUCUGCAUGCUGGGCGCCCUGCAAGUGUCAGCGGCGACAUUGCCGUUCCUUGACAGCAUGUCCGUCCAACGCGAGGGCAACAAAGAAGCACUGAUCAUGCCAGUAUCGGGCUACAAGAAUGACCUCCACAGCAACGGCCACAAGGUCAUCAUCUUCGAAUGCGCGGAGGAGGCGCUCUGCCCAGUGGCUACCUUCCGCCACUGGAAAGCGCAGACCACACGCGCACGCGCCCACAUUCAUGGCUGCCGCCUCGUCUUCGAGCUGGAGCCCCCCUACGCGAAGCUCUCGCCGACGCGCUGCGUGGAGGUCCUCAAGGGCGUCGCCCACAAGGCAGGCCUCGAUCCGAAUGUCUUCACCGCCCGCACGUUCCGCAAGUCGGGCAUCAUGGCGGGGAUUCACGCCGGCGUCGAACCCGACGCCCUCUUCCGCCUGGGCGGAUGGCAGGACCCUGACACCUUCUGGCGCCACUACGUCGUGCGACAGAUUCCGUCCUCCUACACCGACAUCCUCUUCAACGUCCCUGAACGGCACGACACUGAGAGCGAAGAGGAGUCCGACUAG